AUGAGUAUCUUCGCCAGUGGAAAUUUAGGGUGGAGGAUUAUUUGGAUAUGCUCCUGGAACGAGAGGCUCCACCUCCAAAUCGGGCUCCCUUUCCACCGGACGAGUCAAUGGAAUGGAGAUUUCUUUGAUAGAACUACACUCGCUAAGCUAGGUGUAGAGAUCCACCUCGGUCAUGGAGGACAGCCUUGCCCCAACCAUAAUUGGGAAUGGGAAGAUACCGAUGAUGAGGACCGGUAUACUGCAUCUUUAACUGCCGGAAUUCCAGCAUACGAGGAUGUCUUUUUAGAAUCAGAGCCUGCAGCUACUUUCCCAGACUUGCCCGAGGUAAAUACAGCACAGAUUGGCAGGACCACACUCACGAUUGUUCACUCUUCGGGUGUUCACAUUUCAUCUCUGUUUGAAAUUGGACUGUUUGCGGCAUCAUUUACCCGGCCGAAGACAGCAUUUACUUUUGCAUUGUUGGACGAUUUCAUCUUGGACAAUUUAGAGUGUGGAACAUCGGGGAUGAACUAUUACAGCAAAUUGCGAAGAAUCACAUCUAGCUUAUUCCCUCAUGCGGUACCGGACUGUUACCGGGAGAUGAUGCGAGUUGCAAGACAAUGGCGCCAGCUGAAGCUAUUGAAAUGGAACGGAUUCGGUCAUGAGAAGAGGGAACCAAAAGAUGGGGAGCUGGCUCUCUUCUGCCCAGCUUGUCCCCAACCAGGCAUCAAUGCCCCAUUGCAACCCGAAAGUGAUGAGACCACCCACGGAUGGAUAUAUACGUGCUCCCUGGUUAUGGACAGUAAUUUCAAAGCAGAGCAUCUAUAUCCGACGCACCCAGAAGAUGAAGUUUGGUUGACCGACAGCAAAGGAUUCAUGGUAGGAAGGGUGAGAUACCAGGCGCAUCUUGCUGUCGCACAAGAUUCAGCACAGAGAUCCGAAUGUAAUAACCAUAGAGCGGUAAAUCAGGCCAAUGCAUCUCGGCAUAAGCUGGAAGCUACAGGAAUCAGCGGGUGUAUGUGUGCUCGGCACGGCUGCUUUGUGCCGAAUUCCAUGGUGGAUUUUCAAAAGGGCGAAAGACAGAUGAACAUGGAUUAUGCCCUUUGCAAUGCGCUUGCUCAUAAUACCGACGGCCUAUGCAGGGCAUUGACUUUUUAUGAUGUCAAUUGCUAUGGCAUGUUCAUGGGCAUCAAGACAAAUGCUUUGAAGGAUAUUGAACUGGAUUUGCUGGAGACCUCUGUCCGGCGCCCUGGGGUCAGACCUCAGAUAGGAUCAGCCACAUGGCUUGCCUCUGGGAUCACUAUUGAAGAAAUGCAGCUCGCGCUGGCCAUGGAUUUGCGCAGAAUGGGCUGGCAUCCCACCGAAAUGCAAACACUUGAUAUCGGCCGACAUAGAGUUCGGCUGCAACAGUCUAUCGACGAAUUCACCGCCGGAGCAGCGAGGUACAUCGGAGAUGAAUAUGACGCUGAUGAUGGCAUCACCAUAAUGGACGUCGAAUUCGUAGAAGACGGCACCAACACUCAAGAUUGCAGUGAAGAUGAUUUGGACGCGGGAGAGAACACGCCGAGGGUCUCGCUUCGACCGGAAACUAUUGCCAUCCCACUGCCGUCCAAUUUCAGCAAGACAAGAUGCGAAGAGCUUGGGAUUGAAGCCCUUGUCAGACAAGAAACUCUCCAUGAAGGACAGGCCAAUGACAUCUUGCACACCAUCAGAGUGCAUCUGGCUGACAAAUCUGUUUUGUUUUGGACAGUAGUCCGCCCGGCAAAGUCCCAAGCCAGCACCACCUGGGCCUGGGCCCAGGUUCAUUCGGUCAAACAUGUGAUCAAUCUGAACAGCAUGAUCUACAAGAAAUGCAGGUCGCAGUUGUCUAAUCUCGGUGCCUAUCAUAUGCUACAGAAAUAUCGGCUGUUGGAAAGAACUGAGCUCAAAGCAAACUCAGCUGUCGCAGACCCGAACAUACGAGGUCAGAGAAAUUUGACGCUGCCGUGGUUUCGGUCGUUGGAUGUUCAGGGGGAUUUGGUGAGCAACGACUGGCUCAAUGAAUGGUGCAUUGGCUUCGUACAAAAGCUUUGCGAGACCACUGGGCCGAAGAGUUAA